GGCAGAUCCCGCUCUAUAUAUACUUGCUCCCUACCCUCAUUAUUCAUACUGUUCCCACAACCUUUUUUUCUUCAACUGCCCAUACAGUUAUAUCACCAUGUCUUUCAGAGCUCCCAAUUUGAUACGAUCAGCCGCUGGCCGAAGAGCCAGUCAAACUUUGAACCUGCGUUCUCAAGUUAUUCGACGACGAUUUGCAACUGAGGGUGGACCGGAGAUUACCAAACCAUCUUCUCCACGAUCUUCGAACACUCGUUAUCUCCUCGCAGGUGUCGGUAUCGCUGCCGUCGGCGCUGCAUACUAUUUCUACGGCACUGGCAGAACCGCGCACGAUUCCGCCAAUAAAGCUGACACGGUAGUGCGUGGAGCUGUUGCCACGGUUGAGGCCAAGACGGGUCUCCGAAGAGGCAAGGACGAGUAUCAAAAAGUCUAUAAUCGGAUUGCCGAGACUCUCGAGAAGGAGGGUUACGACGACGGUUCUUUGGCCCCCGUCCUUCUUCGCUUGGCUUGGCACUCCUCUGGCACCUAUAACAAAGAGGAUGGUACUGGAGGAUCGAACUUUGCUACCAUGAGGUUCAAGCCCGAGGCCGAGCACAGCGCGAACAAUGGCCUACAUGUUGCCAGGGAACAUAUGGAAAAGAUCAAGCAAGAGUUCCCCUGGAUCUCUUACGGUGACCUAUGGACCCUCGGUGGAGUCUGUGCUGUCCAGGAGUCGGGCGGACCUACCAUCCCUUGGAGGCCUGGCAGAAUUGACGGCUUCGAAGCUCAAGUCACUCCCGAUGGUAGGCUACCGGAUGCCUCUCAAGCCCAAGACCAUCUGAGGUUCAUCUUUAACCGCAUGGGCUUCAAUGACCAAGAAAUUGUUGCCCUUAGCGGCGCUCAUGCCAUGGGGCGAUGUCAUACUAAUCGAUCGGGCUUUGAGGGCCCUUGGACUUUCUCCCCUGUCACCUUUUCCAACCAGUACUUUGCUCUUCUCCGAGACGAGCCUUGGCAGUGGAAGAAGUGGACCGGACCUGCCCAAUAUGAAGACAAAAACACAAAGACCUUGAUGAUGCUUCCUACGGAUAUGGCGCUCCUCAAAGACAAGUCCUUCAAGAAGUAUGUUGACAUCUAUGCCGAUAACGAAGAGAAAUUCUUUAGCGACUUCGCGAAAGCAUUCUCCAAGCUCAUUGAGCUUGGUGUCCCUGAGAGGCAAUGGGCUGGUGAACCUUGGACUUUGGGAACCAGCGAUUAACUUCGGUAUACGUACGGUAGUAACACAGAUUAGUAUGUGACAACUGAAUAAGAAAUAAUGGAGCCAAUUAUUUUUACUGCGUUAAUGUCCUUGCUGCUCGAUGUUUGAUCAUGAUAUUUUGCGAUCGCUAUCACUCUUUCAUUCUCGACGUAGAACAGGAUUUGCGGGAUGUAACACAUAGCCUAGCGUC